UUCACAAAGUAAAUAAUCUCUGAAGACUCCACUUGGUAGAUUUCCAUACGCAAAUCCAACCCAAACUUUUCAAUCUUUGAGAGAGUUUCCUCAAAUAAUCAAAGUCAAUAUGGGCAUAGAUAUUAAAUCAAAUCAAGAAGACUUAAUUGCUAAUAAAUCAAGAUAAUCACAACCACCACCAUCUAUCAAAAACACCAUGAAAAAUAUAGCGAUUCUUCAACUCAUCUUCUUCAUCUUCAUCAUCGUCCUCUGUAUUAUCAUCAUUGCUAGUGAAGACAGUGGAGGCGAUACACUUACCACUUCGACAACCCUACGGGACGGCGAUAAGCUUGUCUCUGCUUCCGGCAUGUUCGCGCUCGGCUUCACUAGCCCUACAAAUUCGUCUACGAAACGCUACAUCGCCAUCUGGUAUAAUAAAAUUGCCACUCAUGAUAUUGUCUGGAUCGCCAAUCGCAAUCGCCCGAUCGCCGAGCCUACUGCUGCCCUCACCUUGUCCUCCAAUGGUACGUUGAUGAUUAUUGGUGGUAACUCCUCCAUCGUGUAUUGGUCGUCAUUUACCUCCACCAUCGUUGAUGAUGUUGAUGUCGCCACCACCAGCCCAGUAGCUCAACUCCUUGAUGCCGGCAACCUCGUCAUUAGAGGAGCCAACAAUGAGUCCAUAUGGCAGAGCUUCGAACACCCAACGGACACAUUCCUGGCCGGGAUGAAGUUAGGGCACGAUCUGCGAACCGGCCUCACCCGCAACCUCACCUCUUGGGCGAGCCCGUCCGAUCCAUCGUCGGGGCCGUACACCGCCGGCAUUCAGCUUGCCGGCGUUCCCCAGCUCGUUAUCGCUGAGGGUUCCACCUUGUCCUGGCGCGGCGGCCCGUGGAUCGGAAUCGGCUUUUCCGGCAGCCCGGAGACACGUGGCUCCCCUUUCUUCAUCAUCACCUUCAUCUCUAACGCCGAAGAGGUCGAGUACUCCUACCAGCCGCUCGGAAACAAAAUAACUAGGCUGAUCUUAAGUCAUGACGGAUACGGGCAGCGUUUGGUGUGGUUGGAUCCGCCGGGGCAAUGGAGUCUCUUCUGGCAAGCGCCGGACGAUCAUUGCGACCAAUACGCCUAUUGUGGGGUUUUCGGGAUAUGCAACGCGAGCAAUAUGCCGAUGUGUGUUUGCUUGCAUGGGUUUCAGCCGAGGGAUCCGGCGAAUUGGGCGUUGAUGGAUUGGUCGGGUGGUUGCGUGAGGAAGACGGAGCUCGAUUGCGGCAGAAACAAGACUGGAAUCAUUACCGAUGGGUUUGUGCCGCUGACCUCGGUGAAGCUACCGGAUACUUCAGUGGCGGUGGAGGAUGAGAAGUUGGGGUUGGAUGCGUGCAGUGCAAGGUGUUUGAUGAAUUGCUCCUGCACGGGUUAUUCGUUGGCGAAUUUUGCAGGCGCCGGGAGUGGAUGCAUUAUGUGGAUGGGACAGCUUUACGACUUGCGGGUCUAUUCCAACAGUUCGCAAGUGUUCUAUCUACGGGUGGCGGCCUCUGAUCUUGUGUCAAACCAAUCUCACAACAGAAAAGCAACUGCUAUAGUGGUGUCCACUGUGGUUUGUUUCUCCGUUGGUGCGUUUCUUAUCGGUUAUCUUCUAUUUCGCUGCUGGAGGAAGAGAAGAUCUUUGGACUCAUCUGAAGAAGUAAAUGUGUUAAAUAUUGCAACUAAUACGGACAUGGAUCUUCCUUUGUUUGAUUAUGGAACAAUUGCUGAUGCAACAAAUAAUUUCUCUGAAGAUAAUGAACUUGGAGAGGGUGGUUUUGGUCCUGUUUAUAUGGGAAAGAUGGAUGAUGGACAAGAGAUAGCUGUGAAAAGACUUUCCAAAAGCUCAACACAGGGGCUCGAUGAGUUCAAAAAUGAGGUGAUGCUGAUUGCCAAGCUUCAGCAUAGAAAUCUAGUUCGGCUCUUAGGCUGCUGUGUGCAGAGACAGGAGAAGAUGCUGAUAUAUGAGUACAUGCCAAAUAAAAGCUUGGACACUUUUCUAUUCGACCAGGAAAAAAAAGUGUUGCUUAAUUGGCAAAUACGUUACAACAUAAUUGUCGGAAUCGCUCGAGGUCUUCUAUACCUUCAUCAAGAUUCAGCUGUAAGAGUUAUUCAUAGAGAUCUGAAAGCUAGUAACAUUCUUCUAGAUCAAGAGAUGGUGCCCAAAAUUUCAGACUUUGGUCUAGCAAGAAUCUUUGGAGGAAAUGAGGCAAAAUCUCAAACCAAAAGAGUUGUAGGAACAUAUGGUUAUAUGUCUCCAGAGUAUGCGAUCGAUGGCAUAUUUUCUGUUAAAUCUGAUGUCUUUAGUUUUGGAGUUCUAACUCUUGAGAUCAUAAGCGGGCAAAAGAACAGGGGCUAUUAUGCCUCUCAGAACUAUUAUUAUCUUUUACGACAGGCUUGGAGGCUUUGGAAAGAAGGCAAUGCCAUGGAACUAGUUGAUGAAACAAUUGAAAACUCAUACUCUGUUACUGAGGUUUUGAAAUGCAUCAAAAUUGGUCUUCUGUGCGUUCAGGAAAGACCAGAAGACAGACCAUUAAUGUCUGAUAUAAUUUUGAUGUUAACAAGUAAUAAUGAGCUUUUACCAGAACCCAAAUGUCCAGGCUUUGUAGCUAAACCAGAUUCAUCCUCAAGUAAGCGAGAAUCCCCUUCUAUAAACAAUGUAACACUCACAAUAACUCUUGGUAGGUAAUAAAGAAUUCAUUUAUAAAAUAGUUUCUUUUUUGUACUAGUUGUUGUUAUUGCUUUUCUUCCAAUUUGGUAACUUG